CCCCCCCAUCAGGAUUUGUCCUUCCCAAAGCUUGGGUGGAUGGAGGAGGAGGCUGCGAGGAAGAGGAAGAUGCCUUGGGCCCCCCAGGCAGGCCCCGAGCUGAGGACGGAGAGCCCGGAGGACAAAUCCCCCCGUGAGACCCUGGUGGGAGAGGCCGUUUUGAAGGGCUCCCCGGCGCAGGAAGGCAGCGGGGAGGAAAAGGGCCGGAGAUCCUCCCGCAGGAGGGGCUCCAAAGCCAUCCCAGGGUGCUCUGAGGAGGAAAGAGCCAGCCUGUGCCGGGAAGGCGGCCGGAGCUUGAGGGGGAGCUCUGACCUGGUGGUCCCUGAGCAGCCUCCCAGCAGGGAGAAGCCCUUCAGGUGCUUGGAAUGUGGGAAGAGCUUCAGGUACAGCUCCCACCUCCUCACCCACCAGCACAUCCACAGUGGGGAACGUCCUUACACGUGUGGAGAAUGUGGGAAGAGUUUCAGUGACAGCUCCACCCUUCGCAAACACAAGCGCAUCCACACUGGGGAACGGCCCUACACGUGUGGGGAAUGUGGGAAGAGGUUUCAGACCAGCUCCAAUCUCCUCCUGCACCAGCGGACGCACACAGAUGAGAGGCCCUUCCGCUGCACCGACUGCGGGAAAGGCUUCAACCGGAACGGCAACCUCAUCACCCACCGGCGCAUCCACACCGGGGAAAGGCCCUACAAGUGUGGGGAGUGUGGGAAGAGCUUCACUGACAGGUCUACCUUCAACAAACACCAACGGACCCAUCAGUAA